AUGCCAUCGUUUAUGGGCCUUCCGCGUGAACUACGGGAUCAGAUAUGCGAAUACGUCAUACUCUCGCCAGCCCGGCAGCCACGAGCGCUCAAUCAGACAACCGAAGAGAUGCUUGACGGGUACAUGACGUACAAGUUUCCACAGCUAUUCGUUGGGCCGGGUGCCUCGUAUCGACCCCAGGCAAUCGUCUCGAAUGCGACGAAGUUACUGCUAGUCAAUCAACAGCUGAGAACAGAAACAAUGGAGAUGCUAGAACGAAUGCGAAGCAUUGUGUACGAUCUCGAUAUUGCAAUGACCGACAAUGGGAUAUUGGCAGCGACGUGGAUCAAUGUUCCCGUCUUGUCGACCAAAAUCGAGCAGCUGAAUGUCACGUUUCGCCUCUAUGUGACAAACGAUGGCGAACGAUUGAAGUCUGAAAUUGAAGACAUGUCAGGAGCGCCAGCAAAUCCAGGACCUGAAGAUUUCUUUGGGUUACCACCUGAGCAGUUGGUAUGGGACUUCUAUGGUAUAUUCCAGCGAUUCACCCGAGUUGGGCCUCUAUGCGAGAGGGAAAACGACAAUGAAAACCGGCAAAUAUCCAUCAAAACGAUCAGCAUCAACGUCGAGACACCAUCUCCCGAUCUUGUGCAGCUCGGUUUGAUUCAUCUGUCCGAUCAGGCCGACAACGCAAUGUCGUUUACUUCCCGGUACUUCUUGGAGUGUCUGAACUGGACUGUACGACAACAGCUGAAAGGGAAUUGGGAGUAUAUCCAGAACAUCACUCUGCUUGAGCACGUGGAUGAUAUUGUUUUGUAUCAUGAUGCGAAUGAGAUACAUCGCUGGGAUGUAGCUGCAUGGCUUGCAAAGUAUCCUGAAGAGGAGAUGAUCAAGUGGAGGCCAGAUGGCAAGAAAGAGGCUUGGCGCAAAAGGAAGCAAAGAGGACUAAAGGUACCCGAAGACUUCAACGAUCCGUCCUGUUGGUAA